AUGGCCCCAUCGUUGCUUCAAAGGCAAUGGUUUAGGAUGAGAGGUUGUAAGAAAGAGAGAACCCAACACAAAACACAGAUAGAGAAUUAUUGCAAAGAGAAAUGUCACUUUCAAAAUUCGUAGAGAGUAAACCAAACAGCAACAGUCUUCAGCAGUUGAUGAUGGAGGAAGGAGAAGCUGUGGGAGAAGCCUCUUCUUCAGGGAAUAGGCUCAGCAACCAUCCAAACUCUUUCCCUCCUUUAUCUCCACGCCAGAGAACCAAACCCUCUGAAGAUAGCGAUGAAGAUGUGUUGAGAGUUCCAGAUUGUGGAGCGACAAAUCCAAGUAGCAGUAAUAACGUUAAUCAAAGUAAUGUGAGGAAUAGAGAGGUUCAAGCUGGAAAGCGCCACCGCGGAAGAAACUCUGUAGACAAGGAGCAUCGACGCCUCAAGAGGUUGUUAAGGAACAGGGUUUCUGCUCAACAAGCCCGUGAAAGAAAAAAGGUGUACGUGAAUGACUUGGAAUCAAGAGCGAAAGAGUUGGAAGACAAAAAUUCCAACUUAGAAGAGCGUAUUUCGACUUUGAUAAACGAAAACACGAUGCUCCGCAAAGUAACCUGCGUCAAACAAAUUCACUUUAAUCUGCAACUAAUAAUUAACGUUGUUUAUCUCUUACAAUAUAAUCACUUACUGGCAGGUUCUUAUGAACAUGAGGCCUAAAGUUGACGAGAGCAUUGAAGCGUAGAUAUAUAUAUAUAGUUUCAAAGAGUGAAGGUUAUUCCUCAGAGCAGGUUCAGGAGAUUCAUAUUUUAGAGGCAGCAAAUGUUAAUCUACUUUCCCCCUCUAUUCAUGUGUGUUCUAUGUUCCUGUAGUCCCAAUAUAAGAUGUUACCAACUAUAUAAUUACGACUAAGAGAGAGGGCUGGAUUCAUUAGAUAGGUGUAGUUCUUGAUAUAGGUUACAUGAACGGACUAGGUUACACUCUCAGUUAUUUUGCUUCCUCUAUUCCUUAUAGGCACCAUGAGGAUGAAGUUGCCUACCAAGUUUUAGAAACUAUGCAGAUGCAUUAGUUAUUGAAAAGAGUAACCCUAAACUAUUAAUUUGGUCUUUAUAUUAUUUUUAAAAUUUAUCAAAAUAGUUUUUAAAUUAAGUACAAUAUUAUUUAGUCUUUAACAUAUAUAAUUUUUAUUCGUUUUAAUCCUUAUAAUUU